AUGCUGCAACGCAAAACAAGCUCAGCCCUUGCCGACUGGAUCUUUGAGGAUAUCCUGUGCCGAUGGGGAACAUUGGUAGAGAUCGUCUCCAACAAUGGACCAGCAUUUGUCAAGGCACUCAACCAGUUAGCAAAAAAGUACCAUGUUUGGCACAUCCGGAUUUCGGGCUACAAUUCUCGUGCCAACGGCAUUGCCGAACGACCUUACUUCAAUGUUCGGCAGGCUCUGUUCAAAGCCGUUGAUGGAGAUCAGGCCAAGUGGAAUCAUGCAGCUCAUUUCGUAUUUUGGGCUGAUCACAUUACUGUUCAGCACCGAAUGGGUUGCUUGCCAUACUUUGCAGUGACCAGAACCCAUCCCCUUCUCCCCCUCAACAUCGCCAAAGCCACCUACCUCCUGCCGCCGCUGACCACAACCCUCAGCACCACUGACUUCAUCGCCCAAUGGGCCAUAGCCUUGCAAAACACCGAUCAGACCUUGCCCACCUUUGCAGCUCAGUUGUUGCUGAAGCUCACCAACCUUGAAGCCCUCCUCAACAUCUCGCAGGAACGCCUCUGGGCCAUGGAAGAUUCCCAAUUGAGCAACAACGACACCAAAAACGAUAGUGCCGAUGAAGAUACCAACACCAGCUCAGUCUGA